AUGGAGGUUGCUGCAGAUAUAGCCCAAGCCAUCGUAUUUUACUCUCAGGUUCUUCGGUCUUUAGUUAGAUGUUGGUCCGACAUUAAGUUCUACCCCAUCACAGCACAAGGAGAGAGCUUCAAGAUUAACUUUGAUCUCAGGAAUAUGAAGAAACAUGUUCUUGAGAUCAACUUCUUCUCAACAUAUUUUAUAGUUGGGGUCAAUAUUGAUUCCUUUUGUGGCGCCAGAUUGCACAUAAUAGGAUUGAGGUUCCCUACCCAUCUCCAGAUAAUAUAUCUGGUGUUCUCUUUGACUUUAUGUCUCGAGCUCCUCUUUCUCAUUCCUUUUGCUUCUUCUUGCUCAGAGCUUUUUUCAGCAAUAUCCAGCUUACUACAAAGGCCACUGAGAGUCUGUCGGUUUUUGAUGUGGAUGUUUGUUAGGGCUGCAGAUUUUUCAGGUUGGCAGAUAAGCAAGUAUUGA